AUGAAGUUUACUAUCUUCUCUUCGUCCCUCGCCGUGGCAAUGGUUCAUGCAUACCCUCCCUCCUACAUGGCCAGCCUGUCAAAACGAGCAGAGCCAGGUGUAUGGGAGCCCGCCGGCCCUGAUGAUUUCAGAGGCCCAUGCCCGAUGAUGAACACUCUAGCGAACCACAACUUCCUCCCCCACGACGACCGCACAUUACAAAAGAGAAUGCCAUCUUCGCGCUCGGCGAAGGUAUCGGCUUCGACCGUGACCUUGCAACCCUCAUGUGGGAGCAGGCCAUACAUAUCAACCCCAACACCAAACGCCACCUUCUUCACACUGGACCAACUUAACGUGCACAAUAUCCUCGAGCACGACGGCAGUCUGACUCGCACAGAUGAUUUUCUCGGCAGCAACCACAUCUUCAACCAGACCGUGUUUGACGAGACGCGAAGCUACUGGACAGGCGACGUCAUUGAUGCCACGAUGCUCGCCAACAGCAAGAUUGCCCGCCAGGUGACCUCGCGCGCCACCAACCCGACGUACACGUUCACCUCCACCAUGGAGCAGUUCAGCAUCGGCGAGGUCGCGGCGCCCAUUAUUGGGCUUGGCGACAUGGAGGCUGCCACUGUCAGCCGCGCGUUCGUCGAGUACUGGAUCCAGAACGAGAGGCUGCCUUCCGAACUGGGGUGGGUUAAGAAGCAGGUACCUGUCACGCUGCAGAACAUUCUGGCUGUCAAUGAGAUCAUCACCAAUGCGACGAGCUUAAUCACGACUGGGGAGCCGGUGCCUGGCCCGCCGCGUCCUGUUGAUGGGUAUCGUCCAAACUUGCACGCGGGUACCUUCUGA